AUGGUUUCUGAGAAAGACGUUCACCAAAGGAUAUCGGAGAAGCUUAACCCUCUACUACUGGAAGUAACUGACCAAUCGGACGGAUGUGGAGCAAAAUUUUUAAUAACUGUAGUCUCAGACUCCUUCAACGGAAAGCGAGUCCUGGAAUGCCAUAGGCUUGUCCAAGAUGCAAUUGCAGAUAUCAUGCCACAGAUCCACGCGGUAACCAUAAAUGCGUACACACACAGUAAAUGGGAGAACGCUCAGAAGGCUGCUGCUUGA